AGCAGUUAUCUUGUAAAUAUAAUGUUUGAUAACACCCCUCCGUUGUGAGACGCAGUUGGUACGGUCUGUUGCCGCUGGUUGCUGCUCUCCUUCCUGAUAGACUCUAGUGUAUCAGAGCCGCGGUCUGUCGCUGCGAGGAGGAAGACACAAUAAAGGUGAAGUCUCCCACAUGGCAGUAACCCACUCACUUGAAGAUUAAACCACUCAGCUCCAGAGCAUUGCCCUCGUAGAUGCCGCUCAGCCUCCGUCUUUGCAAAUGGCUUGCUGCUUGAAGGACGAGCUCCUCUGUUCCAUCUGCCUCAGCAUCUAUCAGGACCCCGUCAGCUUUGGCUGCGAGCACUACUUCUGCAGGAAGUGCAUCACCGAGCACUGGAGCAGACAGGAGCUUCACGGAGUGCGGGACUGCCCUGAGUGCCGUAGGACCUUCACCGAUCCCCUCCUCUCGCCGAGUCUCAAGUUGUCCAACAUUGUGGAGCGCUACUCGGCAUUCCCGCUGGACGCCAUCCUCAACGCUCAGAGGAGCUCCUACCCCUGCAAGGACCACGAGAAGGUCAAGCUCUUCUGCCUCACCGACAAAAGUCUGGUGUGCUUCUUCUGCGACGAGCCGGCGCUACACGAGCAGCACCAGGUCACCACUAUUGACGAGGCGUACGAGGAGAUACAGUCCUCAGCCAAGAGUCUGCGCGCAACCAUCGGCGAUGCAUUCGAGCGCCUCCACCGCUUCCUGCGCGAGCGUCAGAAGAGCAUGCUGGAGGAGCUGGAGAUGGACACGGCCCGAAAGCUGGCCGACAUCGAGCACAAGAUCCAGCGCUACAGCCAGCAGCUGCGCGACGUCAAGGAGGGCAUUCAGAUCCUGCAGGAGCGCCUCAACGAGACGGGACGACACGACUUCCUGGAGGGAGUGGCCGUCACAUCUGAGAGGUGCUUCAACUGCUCUGAGUUUGCUAAAGCAGUCCCAGUAUCAUCACCGCAGUCCGAUAAGAACAGAAAUGUGGUUGUAAACACAUUUGCUUCGAGAAAGAUCAGGAUUAAAGGGAAGAUACAUGAGACCAAUCUGACGUAUGAAGACUUCCCGACAUCCAAGUACAUGGGGCCCUUACAGUACACAAUAUGGAAGUCGCUCUUCCAGGACAUCUCGCCAGUGCCGGUGGCGUUGACCCUCGACCCUAUCACGGCCCACCAAAGACUGAUCCUCUCGGACGACUGCACCAUAGUGGCCUACGGGAAUCUCCAUCCGCAGCCCCUGCAGGACUCCCCGCGCCGCUUUGACGUGGAGGUGUCUGUCCUGGGUGCAGAGGGCUUUGUGUCGGGUGUCCAUUACUGGGAGGUGAUGGUGUCGGAGAAGACCCAGUGGAUGAUCGGCGUGGCCCAUGAGACAGUCAGCCGCAAAGGCAGCAUCCAAAUCCAGCCCAGCCGCGGCUUCUACUGCAUCGUAAUGCACGACGGCAACCAGUACAGCGCCUGCACCGAGCCGUGGACCCGCCUCAACGUAAAGAGCAAGCUGGAGAAGGUGGGUGUGUACCUGGACUACCACAAAGGCCUGCUCAUCUUCUACAAUGCGGACGACAUGUCCUGGCUCUACACCUACCGGGAGAAAUUCCCCGCCAAGGUCUUCCCCUACUUCAGCCCGGGCCAGAGCCACGCCAACGGCAAGAAUGUGCAGCCGCUGCGAAUCAACACUGUACGCCUUUAAGAGCUGCACGCAUCUGUGGUCCCCGAUUUGUCCUGACAGAUAGUUCACAGGACUUGUGUAGGUUUCGAAAAGAUGUUCAAGAAAUCCGUUUAAAAAAAUGUUUAAUAGGGUGUUUUUAUUUCUUUCAGUUCAGUUCAGAAUUGUGCUUGAUGUUGCUCUUAAAACUGGCGCUGUUAUUUUAUGUGUGACUUGAAACGACCAUGCGAUAAUGGCCUGCACUUUGAGCCUCAUUCCGCAUCUUUAAUUGAAAAGAUGACACUAAAUGGAGGCAGAGGGACCGCUAGGCUCCUCUGGGGUCUGUGGCAGUGAUGUAAAAAAAUAAAUAAAUAAAUAAAGUGAUUCCCCCUCUUAAA